UUGUGAUGGUGUUCGAGCAUCUGAUAACACAAGAAACUGAUUUAUUUUCCCAUUUAUACUGUGUAGAUAAACUAAUUACUAGCUAAUAUAUUACUGUUCAUAAGCCUUUGACUAGGCAAUCCAUAGAAACUACACUUAAACAAGCACGAUCGCUGGCUUACAACCACCAGAAGGGAGCAGUUUUAAAGAAUUCGUCUUAGUAUUACUACUACUACUACUACUGUUUGACAAUACGUUUUGAAGAGUGAAUUGCGGUUGCGGAUAAGGGACAUUUCAGCUAAGCAUAUGUCUGAGUGCAAACUUAUUCACCCUGUAGAAGACUGUACAAGAUUCAUAGUCAGCUCGUUUGAACAAAAGAAACAUCAUGUCAUAUUUGUUUAAUCAGCGUGGUGUUGUUGAGGAAGUAAUUCCUCCUGGAAAGGCCAUCCUAAGUUUCAACAUUCAUAACCAGCCCCAACGAGUACUUCUAUGGGUCAAGAGUUUUGUUUUCAAGGGUAAAAACUUGGAACAAACCGAUUCCUUUGUAGGGAAGCUGAGUGUUGGAGAUAAAAUCAACUUUGAUUGCCACAUUUAUGAUAAGGAAUCACGUGAUAAUUGUCAGUGGUUUGCUGCAAAAGCAAUUAAGGAAGAGACGGAGGACUUCCCACAGAUUACACCAACACCUAUAACUCGGAUAAUGAAUCAGAAUGGAUACAUUUCUGAGAUUCAGCCAGGGAAAGGUGUCAUUUUGUUUGAAUUUCAUGAUAGGGAAGAAAGGGUUUUCUUCAUGCGCUCAAAAUAUUACCACUUUGGGAAACGUCCUGCUGGGAAGCAUAGUUUAAAAGAAUUUUUGAGUGAAAAUGACCCAUUACAGUUUGAUGCAGAACAGUGUGAGCCUAAUGAAGAUAAUUUCAAAUGCAACUGGUUUGCUUGCUUAGUGUGGAAGGGUAAAAAACCUCAAGUUGCACCUACAUGGACUUCAGCUUUGGGCACAGAUGAUAUAACUGCCGAUGACAGUGCUAGUAAUGUCAGUGGUGUUGGAAGAGAUUUCUCUGGUGAGGAAUUCCCUUCUCUUGGGCUUCCACGUUCUGUGACUGACAAGCAAGGUUACAAGGCAUUUGAAGUCAACAAUGCUGUGAAGUCAGCUAAAGGCAACGUCUUGAGUUUAUUUAAUGAAGAGUGUGGAAUUGCUCUUUGGAUGGUUCGGAGAAAUACCUGGGAGACUGUGUUCUUUCAUCGGAAAAAUUCAUACUUAGACAACGUUUCCCUUAGUAAUUUUGAUCUUCGAGAAUCUUAUUCAGAAGGUACAGCUCUAGAUCUACAAGCAGUUCCAGCAAUUCCAGAGUUCCCAUGUCGCUGGAUAGCACGAAAGGCUGUGGCCAAAUGUUGAAUGAAGUGAAAAUUUUUAGUUUGAGGUAAUUAGAGGGAAUUAUUAUAACAGGUCAUUAUUUCUUAGCUCUGUUUUUAAAUUGAACUUGUAAAAUCUCAGGGUUCUCCAUAUUUAACAUUUACACAUUUCUUAUUGUACAGUAUAACUUCCCAUAAUGCCCUGUUUUUUAUAUGCUUGAUAAUAAUAAAUGAUCUGUACCAAA